UGGAGCCGCCUCUUUCAGUUCUCCAUUUUGUAUGUUUUUCUUAGAGGUUAGCGCCUACUUUCCUAAGGGGUAGCUGGCAAUCAGUGUAGUUACCAAUCUCACCUUUUGCAUGCAAAUCUACAGCUAGAUUGAUUUGGACGGCGGAAAAAACGCCGCGGCUGGGUGUGUUGUAUCAUUUGAUGUCGGAAUGUAGAGACGAUACGCCGCGACAGGAGUAACGUUAGCAGACUCUAUCAGGGUGUAUCUACCAAAACAAUGUUGACAGGCGACCUGUGGACACAUAUCUGCAACCACUCAUUUCAAGGAUGGAUAAAGGUGGAGUGAAGAAGAUAGGAUACAGAAGAGAUGACCAUUUAAGCAAACUGGUCUACACUGAAAGCCCCGAGGAGGGAGGUCUGUUGAGAGUAGCUCCUCACAGUGCCAUGUCUGUCACCUCUCCCCCCUCUGUCGUUCUUCCAUCCAGCCCUUUGAUGCAGCCAGGACAGGUGCCCAACGGCCUCAACAACAGCCCCCUUCCUGAGGAGCUCACCUCUGCCUCUGUCACUGCCACCAUAGGCUCCUUGAUCGACAGUCCACAGCCCCGGGGAUUGACCAAAGAUCAGAGACCCCAGCACCAGCAGUUACUUCAGACGCAGACGACUUUUGGUCAUCAAACCUUAUCAGAAAAUUUGUCCCAGUUGGAUGCCAGUAUGGCAGACAUCACCCAGUCCUCCAUGGAUUCGCUAAUUGGGGGAUCAGAUCCCAACUUCUUCCCUUUGAAAACUGAGGAUUUUUCCUUGGAUAAAGGAGAGCAGGACUCAGCUGACCUUGAUAAUGCCUUUGAGCCCAUUGGGAAAGAUAUGGACGUGAACCAAAAGUUGUUCAGUGACAACACUCUGGAUCUGCUGCAGGACUUUGACCUCACUGGGUCCCCUUCAGAUUUUUAUGUAGGGGAUGAUGCUUUUUUGUCUUCUCUUGCAGAUGAUUCUUUGCUUGGAGUGACAUCCGAGAGGGACAUAAAACCUGCUGUAGUUGACAGCAGUAACACGACUGGGGCAGUGCCUGUUGCCCUUAAUGGCAGCAGUGUGACCAGUCCAGAUCUAUCCAGCCCUACCAUAUCCACAACUACUUCACUAUCCCCUACAACCACUUUGUCUGCAAUGGUGAAAAAAGAAAAAGAUGCAAACUUCAUCCAGCUCUGCACCCCAGGUGUGGUUAAACAGGAGAAGACCCCUGGAGGACAGAGUUAUUGCCAAAUUAGCGGCACGGCUUCUGGAGACAUGGCUGGGACUAACGCCAUCUCAGUCUGUGGGGUCAGCACUUCAGGAGGACAGACCUACCACUUUGGUGUGAACACACUGAGCAGUGAUACUCCGCUGCAGAAUGAGCAGAAGCCAGUUUCCAGCCUGUUUCUCCCAGUAACGACCAUCGGUGGGGUCUGGAACCGAGGCCAGGGUAUUAUUAACAACUCAUUAGUCCAGAGGGCUGGUGAUGGGUUCUCAGGUUCCCCCUCCUACCCCACCAGCUUUACCAGGCAGGAAGGGAGCACCGCUACAUCCUCCACACAAGGAAAGAGCGGGACUCAUAAAAUCUGCCUGGUGUGCUCUGAUGAGGCUUCGGGCUGCCACUAUGGCGUUCUCACCUGCGGCAGCUGCAAAGUCUUCUUCAAGAGAGCAGUAGAAGGGCAACAUAAUUACCUGUGCGCAGGGAGGAAUGACUGCAUAAUAGACAAAAUCAGGAGGAAGAACUGCCCAGCCUGCCGAUUCCGAAAGUGUCUGAUGGCAGGCAUGAAUCUUGAAGCUCGCAAAUUAAAGAAGAAUCGGUUAAAGGGCGUCCAGCAGAGCAACCCACCAGAGGUUACACCUUCUCCGCCAGUUGAGACCCGCUCGCUCGUACCCAAGUGCAUGCCUCAGCUCGUUCCAACAAUGUUAUCCCUGCUGAAGGCGAUAGAGCCAGACACCAUCUACGCUGGCUACGACAGCACCCUGCCCGACAACUCCACCCGCCUCAUGACUACCCUCAACAGGCUUGGAGGCCGACAGGUCAUCUCUGCCGUCAAGUGGGCCAAGGCUCUGCCAGGUUUCAGGAACCUGCACCUGGAUGACCAGAUGACUCUGCUGCAGUACUCCUGGCUAUUCCUCAUGACUUUUAGUUUGGGCUGGAGGUCUUACCAGCAGUGCAACGGCAACAUGCUCUGCUUUGCGCCAGACCUCGUCAUCAAUGAGGAGAGGAUGAAGCUGCCCUACAUGACCGACCAGUUUGAGCAGAUGCUGAAGAUUUGCAGCGAGUUUGUCCGGCUGCAGGUUUCCCACGAUGAGUACCUGUGCAUGAAGGUCCUGCUGCUGCUCAGCACAGUGCCAAAGGACGGCCUGAAGAGCCAAGCAGUGUUUGACGAGAUUCGCAUGUCGUAUAUCAAGGAGCUAGGAAAAGCCAUUGUGAAGCGUGAGGAGAACUCCAGCCAGAACUGGCAGCGAUUCUAUCAGCUCACCAAGUUGCUGGAUUCCAUGCAUGAGAUGGUCGGCGGUCUGCUGAGUUUCUGCUUCUACACCUUUGUGAAUAAAUCCCUGAGCGUGGAGUUCCCAGAGAUGCUGGCAGAGAUCAUCAGCAACCAGCUACCAAAAUUCAAGGCUGGGAGCGUCAAACCUCUGCUCUUCCACCAGAGAUGACUCACCCCCGUAACAGACACAAUGCCUUAAAAAAAAAAAGAAAAAAAAAAAAGAAAGAAAAAAAGUCCCACCGCAUAAUCUCACCUCACCACCCUUCCCAACCGGACUCACCCACCCUUACCCCAACCCCAGAAGACUUGAGGAUCCCAGGCGCGGAUGAUGUAUUUUGGGAGCACGUAUGCAACUCUUGUGUAGUGGCUCACGGGUCUGAUGGGAGAGGGCGGAGAUGUUUGUGUAGAAACGGCAAGCACAAGAGGUUUGGUUUUGUUGAACAGUGUAGGAUGUAGUGUGUAACAAUGAUUAGGAAUUGUUUGUAAGAUAAAAGAUAAUCACAGAAGAACUAGUCUAACAUCAACGUCAUCUCAGGUUUCUUACCUUCAAAUUCAGAACGUUAUCUAAAAUAGAUUGAACAAAUAUCUAUGUACAGGUUCUGAUAGUAUUUUCUACAUUUUCAAAUUAUGACAGUUUAUACAAUUACCCAGGUUGAUGUUACCCAAGAGGGUAGCGAAGCUUAACAUGCUCGUCAGUAGGCUUUUAGACUGUAUGUUCCACUUUUAGUUUUUAUAGGAGGUUGUAACAAAAUGUUUUAUCAGUCACACGGGGGGGGGGGAGUGUGUUUUCUAGUCAUUUAAAAAGCGUAUUUCGUGGCUUUUCUUUGUUUUUUUUUUGUUUUGUUAAUUAACUUUGGAAAAUACGAAACAAAUCUAUGGGACUGUUAAGAGACAUCCAUCGUUCUAAGGAUUAUUUCUUUCACAAGCUGACCUCUUCCAGGUUUACACACGUCUUUUAUUAUAAAAGGGAAAAAAAACGUGCCUUUUUUGCUUCAAUGAUCACUUAGCCAUUUUUCUUCCGACCGUACUCCUCUUUAUCCCGUCAUGGUCUACCUUCAUCGUAUGUUGAUUGUACUUUUUAUACUUCUUUCGAGUUUUCCUAUUUGAUUUUCCAGUGGCUGUAUUUUAUCUUUAGAAGUGGCAGCUCAGUCCAUCGCUCACGUGUAGAAAUGAUCCUUAUUGUUAAACGACGCUCAGAGCCUGCUUCCUCCUGCACACACACACACAGACACACACAUACACGGGAGUCUUUAGGUGCGAUUUGAGCACUUUGUACUCUGCUUAAGGCUUUAAAAGGCUGUGAAGAAAGACUGUUUAAAUUGUCUUUCCUGUUUGACGUAGAUGGAAAGUAGAGCUGCUUUUUUUAGGAAGUAGCCCAUUUUGUGCUUCGUUUUAGUCCGCGCUCCUUCACCGGUAGUCCAACAGUUGGAUGGAUAUCUGCGUCUACCAAUCACAAGAGAGAGGGCUUAUUCUUAUUGUGUUUGCAAGUUUAUGUCAUUUUUGAUUAAUCAGGAAAUUUCUGUGGUUUUUAACGUGGCUCAAAGUGGAAGGAGAAACACCCGUCUUUCACUUUUUAAGCUCUUUUUACAAAGUGUGUUUGGUAAAGAUGAUGAUGUGAUACAUACAGUAUAUCUCUGUACUCAAUAAGCUUCUGCUUUGGAUUUUUUUUUUUUUAAAUUUUAAUUAAAAGCUCGUGUAUUAUUGUAUUCAUUAAAGGAAUAGCUGGACAUUUUGUGGGAAUGCAGCUAUCCCGCUGCCAUAUCUGUACGGUGAAUGUGAAGCUGGAGUUUAAAGCUGGUUUGGUAUUUCUGGCUUUUUUAUUAGUUUUUUGUAUAAACUAAACAAACACAAGCUAACUGGUAUUAAUGAGGUGUUAAAGGUCCUGGCAGUCUUAUUUUUUUUAAAUGAAACCAUGCCAGAUGUUCUCCUCUCUACACUCUUUCUGUGCCGGCAGCUUCAUAUUCAUUGUAGGGAUAUGAGACAUUUUACAGAAUACUGGUCAAAAUGUCAGAGUAUUCCUUUGAGAACGAACAGUCUGUAUGAUAGACGGCUUGUGUAUCGAGCACUUCGGCUCAGGCAUCGUCCCCUCCCUAGACAACGUGUCCAGCAUCUGCUUGUGUUUUUCGUAUGUUUGCAUGUUUGUUUGUUUGCCAUUGUGGUCGAGUCCCGGCAUUUAAAAAAAUAAUAACAGCACGUAUCACCGGUCACCUCAUAGAGUCCUGUCACAGUCCGAGUGUAGCGUUACUGCUUUGGGGAGGCAGGCAAAAUGGAUCCUUUUUAUUCUCUGGGAACUGUUUCAGUGCCAAACUCCUGUUUUGUCUGUUUUCAGUGAUGCUGAAAGUCGGUCAGUAUUGUAUGAGAAGUGGAAACGAGCCCAAACUUUGAAGCUUAUAAAUUUGUCUUAAAUAGAGGGGAAAAAGUCCUGAGUUAUCUGCACUUCAGGAAACUGGAUUGUUGUAAGAGAUAACUGAGUUUUAUAUGUAACACAGAUGUAUAAACACACGUGUGUGUUUGUGGGGUCUAAGUGGGAAUUUUCACCAGUCAGCCGGCCGUGUUUCCUAACCCCUUUUUUAUGUUUUACAUGAAUGUGACCCUUGAAAGAGGAAUUCAUUUAUUUCACUUGUGUAUUUAAAUAUGGAAAAACGUAAAAUUGUCCAGUGGCCGAUCUAUCCCCCACGACAAGUCUAAAAAACCUUUCUCCCCCAUUCUCAGGUUAUUUAAACUGUCUGAUUCACACAGCGUUUAGCUGUCUGUGCUCAGUCCUGACACUAAAAACCAAAAACAAGUUUGGAUUCCCCAGACGUCUCUUUUGGUGUUUAUUUUUCGUUUUAUGUUUAUUCCUCCCCCCACCCCCCCAAACAAAGAUUAAAAUUUAAUAUAUGAGAAUAAUUUAAUGACUCUGCUGCCACCAGCAUCACUCUCACUGAGGCUCAGACAACAGAUGCUUAUCAUUUUUCUGCGAGGUUUGUUUCAGAUAUUUGGAAAUCAUCUUGGGUUACUUUCACAUUCAGUGUAGCCAAGUCUCUACUGCUGCUGCUCUUCAUUUAAACAGGUAUAUAUACACACACAGAUAUAUAUGUAUAUAUAUAUAUAUAUAGAAAGAGAGAGAGAGAAAAUCGCACACUUGCCUCUUCUUGCUCAAAAAUGUCUUGUGUGUACAUUUUUGAGGAGGACAUCUGAAUAUGCAAUAGAAACACCAUCAUCAUAGCAUAGCAUAACAUUACAUUACUUCUUGUUUUCCUUCAUUUCUUUCCUAUAUAAGCUAUUUACGUACAGGAGACUGACUUUGAUCUCUGCAGGCCAGCUUUUCAGGAUAUUCAGGAAACAAUAAUCAGUCCACCCAGAUUGCACAAAAAACAACAGCCUGUUAGAUGUUUGACUACAAGGUGACCAAAGCAAGUGCAGACAGGACAAAUGUACAGUUCUUUUUGUUUCUUUUUACUCUAACAUGGAGGCUUUGGUCGGAUUGUGUAAUACUGUGAAUAGGAUAGGAGUCAGUCUAUUUCACACGCAAACUGUUUGUGAAAGUAAUCAACCAGCUUGAAUCUUAAAUAAAAAUAAGAAAAGAGAAAAAAAAUUUGCACUACCCAAAUAUUAUUUGAAAAUCUAUUUUGUAUAAAAACAUAUGCAGACAUUAACUUUUGAGAAUUAUCAAGGGCAGAUCAUCUUUCACUGGUAUAUGCUUUCUCUAAAGAGCUUUUUUUUUUGCUUCCAACCAGUUUAAUAUGUACAUAUAAUCCAUUGUAAAGAAAUAAUGUGGUGUAUUUGUCUCCAAAUAAGAGUUUUUCAGUACCUUCCCCCCCCCCUCCUGUAUUAUUUCCACUCUGUAGUGUGAUCCUGUUGAUAUUUUUCCUCCAUCGAUUAAAGUUCGAAACUUUAA